AUGAAGCUGAUCGAUGGUGGCGAUGGUGUUGUGCUCAAAUCCGCAUGCGACACUCCUGGUGUUAUUGGAGGUCUUGAUAUUGGUAUACAGGGUAACCAAAAUGUGGAUGAUCUUGUGUCGGUGGUCGACAUCCCAUUUAAGAAAAUCAAACGUGUAAAAAAAAGACAAGUUAUUUGUAAGUCAUGCCCUUUUGACACUGAUUUUUGGGACACGAUGCGGUUUGAUUUAACUUCGGAUCUCGUUGAGUGGUUGAAAGUGGGUAAACUUAAGAAUCGGCGUAAGAAAAAGGAAGGGUAUCUAACGACAUGGCUUCGGCAGCUUCUCUUGCAAAAUCCAUAA